UGGGGGCGGGGAGAUCAUAUGUAGGGGACAGAGAAAGGAGAUCCACUAGGGGGUGGGGGCAAUCUCUAGGACAUGCCAGGGACCUGGGAUGGGGAGAGGCCCAAGAGGGCCUAAUGAAGAAACUAGCUGAGAUUCCUAGCAGUGGGGAUAUGGAUCCUAAAGUGGGGAUAUGGCCACUAUAGCCAGGCAGGACUCCCAGUGGAAAGAUAAGGACAGCAACCCAUCCCCAAAGCCUUCAGCCCAAAAUGUGUCCUGCCUACAAGAUGUGCAGGGACAAGCAUAGAGCAGAAGUGGAGGGAAUGGUCGGGCAGUGGUGGCACACGCCUUUAAUCCCAGCACUUGGGAGGCAGAGGAAGGAGGAUUUCUGAGUUUGAGGCCAGCCUGGUCUACAGAAUGAGAUUCGGGACAGCCAGGGCUACACAGAGAAAUCCUGUCUCAAAAAAAAAAAAAAAGUGUGUUUGUGGGGCGGGGAGGGAAUGGUUGUACUCUGAGAGGCUCCACCCAGCAGCCAGCGGAAAAAGAUGCAGAGACUUGCACCCAAUCAUAAGAUGGAGCUCGGGGAGUCUUAAGGAAGAGUUGGGAGAAAGAUCGAGGGACCUGAAAAAGACAUGGACUCCAAAAGAAGAGCAACAGAGUCAACUAACCUGGACCCUUGGGGUCUGCCAGAGACUGAAUCAACAAACAGAGAGCGAGCUUGGGUUGGACUUAGGCCCCUGCUCAUAUGUAGAUGAGCGGCUUGGUCUUCAUGCGGGUCCCCCAACAAUUUGAGCAGGGGUUGUCCCUGAGCCUGCUGCCUGCCUGCCUGUGGAUCCCUACCCCUACAUCCCUGACAGCCUUAUCUGGCCUCAGUGGGAGAAGAUGUGCCUAGUCCAGCAGUGACUUGAUGGGGGGGACGGGGAAUUCAUACCCAGAGAAGUGGUUUCUCCUCAAAAAUGGGGAAGGUGGAAUUGGGGGGCGGGCAACGGACUUGCGUGAAAGGAGUACUGAGAGGAGAGAAAGGGCUGAUAUUGGGUUGUAAAGAGAAUAAAUUUAAUUAAAAAAAAAGAAUAUUAUCCAAAAUAGCCCCCCAACUUCUUUUUUUUUUCUAGCAGCCCCCCCCCCCCAAUGGCUGACUUAACCUAGGGCUUCAAGCAUUCUAGCUAGGCAGGAGCUCUAUCAUUGGGUUACAGCCCUAGCGCACUUCCUCCCCAGUCUAUGUUGGUUCCAUAAAGAUGAAGAUUUUGGUCAGGCGGGGUUCAUUGUUGUGUCCAUUUCAGAGUCUGACAUACAGAAGGCGAGUAAUGAAUGAUGCGUGAAAAGGUAAGGCAGAGAGAAGGUAAACAAACAAGGGAGAAAGAAACCCAGCAACGUGGGCCCUGAACCAGGAGAUGACCAAUUUUCAUCCGCUGCUCUGGACAGGGCACCGGCCAGCUAGCACUGCGCAUGCGUGCUCGAGCACAGCCCCCCCACCACCACCACCACCACCACAACUACCCCCACCCCCGACUCCUCGUCUAAGAGACCGAGGAGAGCAAGCAGCUCCUGCGCAGCCUGAGUGAGUUCUGGUUCUGACGACCGGAAGGGAAGAGACAGAAUUCAGCGGAGAUUCUAGGACCCCCGAAAGCCGCGCCCUAAAAGGCGUUCCCAGCAUGCCUUACGCCGCUCCAGUCAAGCGCAGUACUCCACCUCCCAGAGGCCCUUGCGCGGAGUCGCUCCGCAGCCGCGCCUUUGUGAGCUCUACCGGCGCCGCGAGAUCGAGCCCCGGCCCCGGCCAGAUCUGCCUCGGCGCCGAGUGAGAGGUGACGAGGACUGAGGAGACGCUCGGUGAGGAUCAAGGACACCUCCCUGCUCCCAGAAACACAGCCAUACAUUCUUGAAGCUUUAACGCCAUGUCCAAGAAUUUGCUGACAUUUGAGGAUGUGUCUGUAAAUUUCACUCAAGAGGAAUGGCAGUGGCUGAGUGACACACAGAGAGAUUUGUACAGGAAGGUGACAUUGGAGAACUAUAAGAGCCUGGUGUCACUGGGAAUUCCUGUUUACAAACCAGCCGUGAUCUCAUUACUGGAACAAGGGAAAGACCCCUGGAUGGUGCAGAAGAAGGGAGCAAGAGACACAUGUCCUGAUUGGCAGUAUGUAUUCAAAGGCACAGAAUUUAUAUCAAAGCAAGAUAUUUAUAAAGAAUCUGCCAAAGUUCUAACAAUGGGAAGAAGCCAUUUUAGUUCCAGCCUUGACUGUCCCGAUUUGAAAGAAGACCAUGAAAAUGAAGACUGGUUCAAAAACAGGUUGGGACGUCAGGAGGUGCAUUCCCAUCAAUUGUUCAUCACUCAUAAAGAAGUCCCUGAAAGUGAAAUUAGGGGGUGCAAUCCAUCUUGUCAAGCCGUCCAUCAGAAUGCAAUACUAGAUGUGCCACAAUGUUCCUCUACCAAAGAAAGAAUAGAUCAGAGUGAGCCACAAAAGAGAAGUUACCGGAAAAAGUCUGUUGAAAUGAAGCAUAAGAAGGUCCAGGUAGAAAAGAGAAUCCUGAAGUGUAGUGAAUGUGAAAAAGUCUUUAACCAGACCUCAUCCCUUACACUCCAUCAGAGAAUUCAUACCGGAGAGAAACCCUACGCAUGCGUCGAAUGUGGGAAAGCCUUCAGCCAAAGCGCAAACCUAGCACAACAUAAGAGAAUACACACUGGGGAGAAGCCUUAUGAAUGUAAAGAGUGUAGGAAGGCCUUCAGCCAGAAUGCACAUCUUGCUCAGCAUCAGAGAGUUCAUACUGGAGAGAAACCUUACCAAUGUAAAGAAUGUAAAAAAGCCUUUAGCCAGAUUGCACACCUGACUCAGCAUCAAAGAAUUCAUACCGGAGAGCGACCUUUUGAAUGUAUUGAAUGUGGAAAAGCAUUUAGUAACGGUUCAUUCCUGGCCCAGCAUCAGAGAAUCCAUACGGGUGAGAAACCGUAUGUGUGCCAUGUGUGUGGGAAAGCUUUUAGUCACCGUGGAUACCUAAUUGUACAUCAGAGAAUUCAUACUGGGGAGAGACCCUAUGAAUGUAAAGAAUGUAGGAAGUCUUUCAGCCAGUAUGCACACCUUUCUCAACAUCAGAGAGUGCAUACUGGAGAGAAACCGUAUGAAUGUAAAGUAUGUAGGAAAGCGUUCAGCCAGGUUGCUUACCUUGAUCAACAUCAGAGGGUUCAUACCGGAGAGAAACCCUAUGAGUGUGCUGAAUGUAGAAAGGCCUUCAGCAACAGUUCAUCGCUUGCACAGCAUCAGAGAAGUCACACAGGAGAGAAACCCUAUAUAUGCAAGGAAUGUAGGAAAACAUUUAGCCAAAAUGCAGGCCUUGCUCAACAUCAAAGAAUCCAUACUGGAGAGAAACCUUACGAAUGUAAUAUUUGUGGGAAAGCCUUUAGUUAUAGUGGAUCUCUUACCCUACAUCAGAGAAUUCAUACCGGAGAGAGACCUUAUGAAUGUAAAGAUUGCAGGAAAUCGUUCAGGCAGCGUGCACAUCUUGCUCAUCAUGAGAAAGUCCAUACUAUGGAGUCAUUCUUGUCCCUUUCCUCUCCAUCACCCUCUAUGUCAAGUCAGUUGCCAAGAACUCUAGGCUUAAUCUCUUAAAUAUGACCCAAACCUGACCCAUUGGAACCAUUUAUUGUAUCAUCCUUGUCUUCUUUGUGUUACUCUGUUGUGUGUGGAAGAGUGAAAUGUUUUUCUAGUGUUUUCACCCUUCACCCAUGCCUCUUGUCAGUUUCCACACUUCAGCCAAACUUUACAAAAACGAAUUUUGGUCAUAUUAUUUAUCCCUCAUUAGUUGAAAUUGCUUACCAAUAUCCAAGUUUGUAGGUAAAAAGCACAGUUCUUAAAGUACCCUAACAGGCCACCUGGCCCCCAGAACCUUGUUUCAAACUAUCAUUUAAAACCUUCAUGUCAAUAUUCAUCUCACUCUUGCUUUCUCUCACUCUACCUUCAUAUCAAUAUUCAUCUCACUCUCUUGCGCUCUCUCUCUCUCUCUCUCUCUCUCUUUCAAUACAUACAGAACUAAAACAGAUCUAGGUUUAAUUGUUGCUCUUUCACCUUCCAUUCCUGAUUUUAGGAGAGCAUCUGGUCCUUUGUAACAUUCAGACCUAUUUAUACUAUGGGGCUAAUAAUGGUUCUACCUCAAAAGUAAUUGGGAGAAGAAAAUAAUGCAUGUAGAUUUCUUAGCAGAGUGCCUAGCAUAAAGUAAUAUUAAUCUAAAAUAAAAAUAUGAUGAUAUACCAAGAAGAGUUGAUUAUUUUAAUCAUAAGCAAAAAAUAGAUCUGGGGCAUUAUAAUUAUUUUAUAAUUAGAAAUAAUAAAGUUGGAGACCAAGGGUGCAGCUCAGUUUAUAAAGUGCAUACUUAGCAUUCACAAAACUCUGGGUUCAGUCCCCAGUACCACAUAAGCUGGGCAGAGAGGUAUACUUGGCUAUAUAGUAAGUUCAAAGUGUGUGUAUAUAUAUAUAUACAUACAUAUAAUUAAACAUACAUACUUAUAAUAAAAUUUGGGUGAUAUCUAAUGCAAGUGGAUUUACAUUGGACUGAUGAUAGAGGGGGAACAUGUUAGCUUCUAUUUUAGCAUGAAUAUGUAAAUAUAUGACUGGAUAAAAAAAAUGAUUUCAUUAUUCAAGUUCUAUGAAUCCGCACCUGCUUUUAAAAAAAAUCACUUCAGUAGAACUUACUGAGAUAAUAUUCAUUAUGUUAUAUGUAAACAAAAGCAAAACAGAUACUUAAUAAAACAAGGCAGAAAGUCUGAUCAGUAAUCAGUGAACUAGAGCACCUACCAAAAUGUACCACACUUUAGGCCUAAAAAACGUCUUCAGGCAGGCAUGGUGGUACAUGCCUUUAACUUUAGCAUUCUGGAGGCAGAGGCAGGCAGAUAUCUGUGAGUUUGAGGCCAGCCUAUUCUAUAGAUCGAGUUCCGGACAGCCAGGGCUACACAGAGAAACCCUGUCUCAAAAAGAAAAGAACAAAAAAACCACCCACAUUCUCCAGUUAUUUUUUUAAGAGUGUGUGUGAAUGUACAUGUACAACCAAAGGAAGGCAUUAUAUCCCCUGGAGCUGGAGUAACACCUGUUGAGGAGCCACCAAAUGGGAGUGCUGUAUUCCUAACCACUGAGUCAUCUCUCUAGCCCUACAUCUGUUAAUUCAAAAGAGCUCAAGUCUUGUGAAAUGUUUUCUGCCAGAAUGGAAUGAACUUAGGAGCAAAUAACAGAAAGAUAACACAAAUGUGCCCCAAAUUAGAACCAAACUAACACACAUUUCAGGAACUCAGUUCAAAGAAGAAAUCAGAGGGGGUAAUAGAAAAUACUUUGAACUGAGUCAACUGUGAACGUAGAAAAUCGGAAUUUGCUGGAUGCAGCUCACAUGGUACUUAGAAAUACAACAGUAUCUCACACUUGCUCUAAAAGAUCUCAAGUCAACUUCAGUUAGCACUGGAACAAAUUAGCAAAGGAAGCGCGAUGAAGUCCAUGGCAUAAGAGUGGACACUAGGGUUUGCAGAGCUAGCUCAAUGGUUAAGAGCACUUGUGCUUGCUGUGGACGUGGACUCAGUUCUCAGUAUCCACAUGUUGGCUCACUACCACCUGUAACUCCAGUUCCAGGGUGUCUGGUGCCCUUUUCUGGCCUCCUUGACAUGCAUGCAAGUGGUGCACAUACAUACAUGCAAACUAUAUGCAAACUUGCAUAACAUACUAAAACAUCUUUUAAAAAAAACAGGGAUUAUAGAAAGGCAUGGGUGUGUGAGGGAGGCCCUAUCUCUCACUCCCUAUCAUUUGCGCACACACACACACACACACACACACACGAAUGGAAAUCAAAUAGAAAUUCAAACCAAAAGCUGAUUCUUUGAGAAUUCCAUAAAACUAAUAAGCUAUUUAUAUGCAUAUUCACAAGGGAAAGACUAUAUAUUGCCAGUGUCUGGGAUUAUAGCAAUUUAUUUUGUUAAAAUAUAUAUUGCCAAUGUUCGGAAUUAUAGCAGCUCCUUUUUAAAAGCAUUGAUUCCAUACCUAGUCCCACAAGACCCUGUGAAAGAUGCCCAGAGGUCUCCAUUAUUAAACCUGCUCUCACCUUGGAUUCUAGGAACAACAGUGUGAUCGAUAUUUUUACGGGGCUUGGGAAAUGGCUCACUAAAGUGCCUUCCAUGCAAAGUGUGAGGACCUGAGAUCGGACUCCCAGCACCCACACGAAAGCUUGGUACAGCACUGUGCCAGUCCAUAACUCCCAGCACCCACACGAAAGCUUGGUACAGCACUGUGCCAGUCCAUAAGCACAGCGCUGCAAAUGCAGACAGGCAAGUCCCAUUGACUCAUCAGUCUAUCCGAAGUUGGUGAGAGAAUCUUUCUCAAAAGAAAAGAUGGCAGACCAUCACUAUGGCUCAGCCCAUAAAACCCUUGCUGCACAAGCCUGACUUCAAGCUCCAGGACCUAGGGAAAGGUGGUAGCAGAAAAUCUACUUCCCACAAUUGUCCUCUAACCUCCGUAUUAGCAUCAUGGCACACAUUUCCCCUCACAUCAUGAAUACAUAUAUACUGUAAUCUUUUUUUUUUAAGUGGAGAACAAUUGAGAUCACCUGACAUCAGCCUCCAAAAACAGGCUCCUUCUGGUGCAUACAUACUUUCUACACACACGUGCACACUUUUUUUUUUCUGACAAAGGGUGAGAAUUAACCUCAUAUGAUGGAGAGAUUGUACCCUGGCCCCAGAAUAAUCAUCUUAAGUGUUGCCAAGCUCUAGCUCUGGCUUCCCCUUUGCAUCCUAUUCUAUACGAUCUCCACUGAAAGAAUUCAGACAAGACACAAACAGCAAAGUAUGGAUAGCAGGUGUCUGUUAAAGGGCAAAUUACAGCAUUCCAAAAGGACCAUUGUGGGUGAAAGUGAACAGAAGCCACAGAAAUCGAGGCACUGUUUAUAUUUCUAUUGUCUCUAAAACAAUUUCCCCAAAGUAAUUUUCAACCUGGGUGAUUGAUAGGCUCAUUUGAGUUAACUCCUAAGGAAAGAAGUAAUGGUAUAUAAACCCUUGUUCCUUACCAACUGUCUUAGGCUUUUAUUGCUGUGAACAGACACCAUGAUCAAAAGGAACUUGUUGAAAGGAAAAUAUUUAAUUGGGACUGCCUUAUAGUUUCAGAGAUUUAGACCGUUAUCAUCAUGGCAGGAAGCAUGGCAGAGUGCAGGCAGAUAUGGUGCUAGAAGAACUGAGAGUUCUACCUCUUGAUCCACAGGCAGUAGAAGGGGAGUGUGUCCUGUUUGUAGGCAGGAGAAGUCUAUUACACUAGGCAUAGCUUGAGUUUAUAUAUGAGACCUGAAAGCGCGCCUCCAUAGUGAGACAAUUCCUCCAACAAGUCCACAACUAUUCCAACAAGACCAUAACUCAUAAUAGUGAUACUCCUUAUGGGCCAAGCAUUCAAACACAUGAAUCUAUGGGGGAGGGGGAGCAAACUUAUUCAAACCACCAUACCAUCCCUUCUGGCAAAUUCAGAAUGUCAUAUCUUUACUUAAGGAUAGAGAUAUGACUUCAGUCCCACUGUUUUGAUCAAUAAUCAGAGUCCUACAUUUUGUUUUCUGGUUUUACAAGUUGCUGCUACUGAGGGAUGUGUCCACCCUCAACAACUUUAAGCCUGCUAACACCUCACUAGCUACCUAAUAUUAUGGUGACAGCACUGCUUCUCUCAAGUGAUGAUAAUAAUAACUUUCUGGAACCACUCUAUAGAGCCAUGUAGUAUGACAAACUUUCCUAGUGAGAUGCAACAGACACACACACACACACACACACACACACACACACACACACACACAGAGAGAGAGAGACAUUACCCAUCUCAGAGUCAAAACAAAAGAUCAUAUCAGAGUCCAACUUGGUCAACCAAUGAGUUGUUUCAUUUUUAAUAUGUACUUUAUGUGUAUGGGUGUUUUGUCUACAUGUAUGUCUAGUGCCUGAGGAAGCCAGAGGUGUCGGAUCCCCUGGAACUAGAGUUAUAGAUAGUUGUGAGCCAAAGGUGCUGGAUGGAAAUUUCCCCAGCACCACAAUGGGUUUUUAUUAGGGUCCCUAGCAAGAAUACACAUGAGAGGUUAUACAUAAGAGUAAAGAUUACAGUAGGUGCUAUCAUAUCUGAUUUUAACAUAGGUUUCAUGGAUCCAAUUGAGGUGGCCAGGCUUUUGUGGGAAGUACUUUACCAUAGUUAUCUCCCCAGCCUCGUUGAUUGUAUUUGUUAGUGUAUGGGUGGUUUUGCCUGCAUGUUUGGGCACCAUGUGUGCCUCAUUUCUUUGGAGGCCAGAUCCCCUGCAACUGCUACGAGCCACCAUCUGGGUGCUAGAACUGAGUCUGUCUUUUGAAAGAGCACCAAGUGCUCUCCAUCACUGAGCCAUCUCUCCAGGCUCCUCCCUUUCGUUGUUUUUGUUUUGUCGACUAGAAGGUAUUUAUGUAGUAGUCCAGGCUAAUUUUGAACUCAUAGAAAUCCCCCUACUUCUGCCUCCUGAGUUCUGGGAUUAAAGGCAUGUAACAAUGUAACAUUCUUGGCUCUGUUUUAGUUUUUGAGAAUGUCUCUCAAUGAAUCUGGCAUUCACCUUUUCUCAGCAAGCAACCCCUGACCCAGCUGUCUCUACCUCACAGAAUUGGAGUUACAGACGUUUGCAGCCAUGCCUGACUUUUAAAUAGGUACUGGAAAUCUGAAUCUAGGUCCUUCUACUUGAGCUUGGUGAGGGGUGUAUCAUGUGUGUACCUUGACCACCCGGGAGGGAGCUAAACACCUUUUUUUUUUUUCUUUUUUGAAAAGGUAUCUGGGGGCUGGUGAGAUGGCUCAGUGGGUAAGAGCACCCGACUGCUCUUCCGGAGGUCCGGAGUUCAAAUCCCAGCAACCACAUGGUGGCUCACAACCAUCCGUAAUGAGAUCUGACUCCCUCUUCUGGAGUGUCUGAAGACAGCUACAGUGUACUUACAUAUAAAUAAAUAAAUCUUUAAAAAAAAAAAAAAAAAAAAAAGAAAAGGUAUCUGGGUAGCUCAAGCCAAGCAGGGAUCCUGGUUAUUUCUGUUGGCUCUUUAACAUCAUUUAAUUUGCACCUCUAUAAAUCAACUUAUGUCCAUUGAGAAUUAUGUGUUCUUGUACACUAACCCCUCUAUUAUAGCCUCUCUUUUUUACCUGUUGGAAUUGAACCCAGCGCCUCACCACAUGCUAGGCAAUUACUCUAGAACUCUUUUUAUCCCCUUUCCCACGUUUCAGCUUUUUGAGUGUUUAUACUACUAUCCCUACUAUCACCACACACAAAACACCAAUUUACAUUUAAUUUACAUAUUUAAGGUGUAUUUCAGGUAGUUCAAUCUCAUAUAUUCUUUUUAAAGAUUACAUUGAAGUGUGUUUUGUGUGUGUGUGUGCGCGUGUGCAUGUGUGUAUACAACCUGCAGAAAUUGGUUCUCUCCUUUCACCAUGUGAGUUCCAAGAUUGCACUCAGGUCCAUUAGACUUGUAGCUUAGCAUUUGAGAAAAACUGCCCAGAUCAGACUCUGGGCAUGUCUGUGGAGGAUGGUCUUCGACUGUAAAAUGGGGUCUGUGGGUACCAUCAUUCUCUGGGCCGGUUGUCCUGAGGUGUGUGCGGCAGCUAGCUUGAGAACCAGCCAGGAAACAGCCUGCCUCUGGUUCUGCCUUCCAAGCUCCUACCCUGACUUCUCAAUGACGAUCUGCGCCCUGGAAGUGUAAGGCAAACAGACUCUCCUUCUGAGCUGUUUUUAGUCAAUAUUUUAUCUCAGCAAACAGAAUGAAAAUCAGAAUGCAUGUGCUCUACUACCAC